ACUAUUACUUUCAGUGAUUUCAGCUACCAGCUUCAGCGUUUUCAGCCAUCAGCUUCGGGGUUUUAGCCAUCAAUUUCAGCACACCCCUAAAGUAAAACAUAUUGAGAUGGAAAAAGACAUUCUGAUUACAAAGUUUAUCAUUUCAGAGCUCCAUGUUUGUAAAUGUAUUUUUGUAAAGUGCAGUUUUAGAUUUCAGAUAUAUUUUUUCCCCAUUAAUAAUAUUUUUUAAAAAAAGUUUGGAGUCUGAGAAGUAAAACGAAAAGCCCCCUUAAUUGGAAAAGUAAUCGUCUCCAUGCGUAAAAUGGUUGCACCAUACGAUUUGUAGAAGUGGAUGACAGCAUAGGUCAAGUUAAAGUUCAUCCAUCAAUGCAAAGCUCGUGGAAACUUGUUCAGAAGAGAACUAUAAAGGCCCAACAGCCCCUUUUUCCACGCGCACUUGUCUCCCAUCCAUGUCAGCGCGCGCGCUGCAUGUGCGCACUGUCACCUUUUGUGUGCCAUCAGCUUCAGGAUCAAAUCGUGCUUUGAAACCAGAGACAGUGCUGCAGUUCGGGUGGGCUCCACUUCAAACACGACGCGCAGACCACGCGCGCGGUGCAGGAGGCUCUGCAAACGCUCCGCUGCAAUGAUCCCAUUUGAGAAGAGGGUUCGCAGCUGGGGCGUGGUUUCACAACACAACGAACGAUCUCCUGGCAGCUUCCAAAAAACACAACGGAGACGGACUGCGCAGCUGCUGUUGUCUGGAAGAUUAAACUAUGGACCAGAGAUGGAUGAAGAUCCUGCUGACUCUCGUGUUCUAUCUGCAAGUCACUUCGGGUGCUGGAAGAACAAUUCAAGAAGGAUCAAGUGUAGAUUUUAGGUGUCAGAUUAAAGAAGGGACGGUGGUCUUCUGGUUCAGAGUGCUGGAUGUCUCCAACAUGGAAUUUAUCGCAUCCUUCAGCAACACUGGCAUAGAAAAGAAUUUUGAAGUUAAAUACAAAGCUAUGUUCAAACACGAAAAGAACGCUGACGACUUUAUUCUGACGCUGAAGUCCUUCAGCGCACAGAGAGACAGUGGCGCAUACGUCUGCGCCGCUCUGGUCAAAGGAAACACGUUACAAUUUGGAGAAAUUACGCGCGUAAAUGGAGAAUUAAAAAAGCAGCAAGCAACAAAAGCGCCGGCGGUGAUCUCCACCAGACCACCUAGCACCUCCACAACCACCAGCUGCAACUGCGCGCGCUCACCGACUGCAGAAAAAACAGAACCAUUCCUCCCUUGUGAUCCAUAUAUACUGGGCCCUCUGGCCGGAGGCUGUGGCCUUCUUCUUCUGCUCCUCCUCGUCAUCACGCUGUACUGCAAUCGGUUGAGGACACGAAGGUGCCCACACCAUUACAAGAGAAAGCCAAGAGUUUUUGUUCCUGAAAAACAAAUGACCAACGCGCGCAUCUGAUCAAAACUGAGGAAACUGUCUUUUUAAAAUUUUAAGCAACAGCGACAACAAAGUGUUUUUAAUGUUUGAAAAUAUAAUUUACAUGGUAGCAAAAAAAAUUGUUUUUUUUCCAGCAAGUAAUUUUUUUUCCCUUGAUUGUGAUGGCGGAUAACACUGUGUUGCAAAACCUGCAAUUGACAUUUGCUUUUAUCAGCUCUUUUGUUUUGAAAUCUAUCAUUCAAUCUGUGCACAAAAUAAAAAAUAUUACGCAAUUUUUAGGUAAAAUCAUACUGUAAAUAGCAUUGUUUUAAAUCUUUUCUAAUUUUGUUUUUUUAAACAGUUUUUAGUUUAAUCUAUCUUUAAAUAUUCAUCUAAAGCUGGAAAAUUCUUCAUUUUAAUUUCAAAAAAAGUUAUAAACUAAUAAAGAUCUGAAUCUGAAUAUCAAAAUCAAAAGCAUGAAAAUACCGAUACAUGUGUACAUAUUUGUUUUACCGUUUCAAAAACUGUUUUUAAAUAAAGAGAUGAACAGAUAAUUCACUCGGGAUCUUUUGUGUUGUAGUGAGUUGUGAUGUCCUUUAUUUUGCACACAUAAGAACGAUCCAUUGCUUACCCAUCAGUCACAAUAAAGUUCUUAGAACAAAACUGUAUUUGAGAAACAGACAUUUGUUUAAACAUUUGUCAAAAGGAAGUGGGUUGCUUCAACCGUAAGCCGGGUGGGAAACCACGCAUCAGGACUAGAGAACGACUUCUUUCUUUUACCUCGAUUUUUAAUGCACACACACACACAAACACACACACCCACACACACAUUUCCCUUGCACCUUAAAGAUCAUAUUUGCCAAUUAUCUUGAGGCAGUUCAUGUAAUAGUUUGUUUCAAUUAAAGAGUCUCCUAAUAUUUGGAAGUUGUGACUUUACAGAUAAAACCUGCCCAUUUACAGUUUUGUGUUCUGCAAAUUGUAAACAGUGGCAAUUUGCAAAAUCUGUAAAAAAAAAAAAAAAAAAAUAGUUUUA